UUAGCGCCCAAAGCUUAUUUGUGUGUAGGAAUGCCUGGCUAUACUGGCGAACGGAUUAUUUAACGCGUCCGUAAAAAUGGCUUCGAUUGCGCACCCAAAAUUGCAAAUUACGAAAAUUGCACUGUUAAAUUAGUUAGUUAUAUUUAAAAAACGCAUUCGAAACCUAUUGAAAACGAAAAAAAUAUAUAUAUAAAACGACCGUUUGAGUGCGUGAAGUUAAAAGCGGCUUGCCUAUAUAUAGAUACUUCUAUAUAUAUGCACAAUUAAUUGCAAAUAGGUUAAAAUAUUUAAGUAUACGAUAUGGGCAAUCAACCGGGUAAACUGCAGACGCCACAGAGUGGACGGCCCAAAAAGAAUGUGCAUUGGAAAUCUGCAGAACGGCCCUCUCCGCCGGGUCGUCCCAUAUUGACGCCGCUGGCGCUCUCCGAGCAGCAGCCCGAUGUGGUUAAUCUGCGCUGGGAACGCCCGCUGCUGGACGGCGGCUCGCCCAUUGUGGGCUACACGGUGGAACAGCGACGUGUUGGCUCGCCCCAUUGGGUGCGUGCCACGCCCACGCCCAUCUCUGGCUGUGAGAUUCAGAUCAGCGGCCUGGAGCCGGGCUGGCGUUACGAGUUUCGCUGCUUUGCCGAGAACAUUGUGGGUCGCUCGAAUCCCAGCGAACUGUCCGAUCCGCUGACGGUGACCCUGCAAAGGAACGCAAUCAGUGUGCCACGCUUUGUGGAGGAGCUGACGGACAUGAAUGCCGUGGAGGACGAACGCAUUGAGUUCCGCGUGCGCAUUCUGGGCGAGCCGCCGCCGGAGAUCAACUGGUUCAAGGACGGCUACGAGAUCUUCAGCAGUCGCCGCACCAAAAUUGUCAACGAGCACGACUGUAGUGUGCUCAUCAUACACCAGGUGGCGCUGACCGACGAGGGCGAGAUCAAGUGCUCGGCCACGAAUCGGGCGGGUCAUGUGGUCACCAAGAGUCGUCUACAGGUGCAGGCACCACCCAAGAUUCGGCUACCGCGCACCUACGAGGAUGGCCUCAUUGUGGAGGCGGAGGAAGUGCUACGCUUAAAGGUGGGCGUCGCCGGACAGCCACCACCGGCCAUCACCUGGCUGCACGAGGGCGAGGUCAUAGUGCCCGGCAAUCGCUUCGAGGUCACCAACACCGAGAAGAACUCGCUGCUGAAGAUCGACAAUGUGCAGCGCGCAGAUCGAGGCGAGUACAUGGUGCGCGCCUGGAACAAGCUGGGCGAGGACAUCAGUUCCUUUCUGGUCACCGUGACGGCCAGGCCGAAUGCGCCGGGUACUCCACGUCUCAACAUGUCCUUUGGCAAGUCGGCCACGCUGUCGUGGACAGCGCCGCUAGACGAUGGCGGCUGCAAGAUUGGCAACUACAUUGUGGAAUACUUUCGCAUUGGCUGGAACGUUUGGCUAAAGGCAGCCACCACCCGUGCGCUGAGCACCACGUUGCACGAUCUGAUCGAGGGCUCCGAGUACAAGUUUCGCGUGAAGGCCGAGAAUCCCUAUGGCUUGAGUGAGCCCUCGCAGGAGUCGGAGCUCCUCUUCAUACCAGAUCCCAAGCGUGGCAUCACCAAGCCCAAGUCGGCCACCAAAAUCGCUGGCGACGAACGCAAUGGGAAUGGGGCCACGCACAAGGAGAAAGACAAUGACAUAUCGAAGCCUGUGCCACCGCGCCGUAAGACGCUCUCACCCCCACGUCCACAAGCGGAUGCAGCGACCAGUAUGUCCGCUUCGCCCAAGCAGUCGCCUCGUGGCUCGCGCAAGCCCACGCCACAGCUGGUGGACAGCGAGCAGCUGCGUCAUGAGAUGUCCUACGGCACCUCCGACCAGGCGCUGAAGAUGAGCGUGCGCAAGAGCCCAUCGUUGAGUAGCGCCGACUCGGCUGCAGUGCAAGUCACUAAGCCCGACUCCAACCCCAGGCUUAAUUUGACGCUGGUGACCACAACGGCGCUGGCGGACAAGCCGGAGACACAGUCCAAGCCACCCAAGUCGCCCACAGCUGCAGUGCCGCUAAAGCUCUUUAAUGCCAAGCCGGCGGCUAGUCCAAAGGACAAGUCUCCUGGUCGCCCAGCACAGAAGCCACAGCCACUGCCGCAGCCACCGAUAGCAGCGCUUGCAGCGCUGGCAUCCCUGGAGCCUGCCUUGGAUUCGUCCCAGCGCCUGCCAGCACCGCUGCGCAAGAGUCCUACGCCGCCGGAGCCCAUCAAGUCGACGCCCGCUCUGCAGCGCAGUGCUGAGCCCGUCCAGCUGGGCGUCAAUCAGAAUGUGAGACGCUUCUCGGGUCACUCCUUGAGCCCGGCCAAGCAUGUGCCCGCCUUGGCCAUAGCUAUAGCUACCAGCGCCCACAUUGGCGAGCAGCUGCCCACUAUAGAGAUCAGUGCCCCGCCUCCUGCCCAGCCAGAGCCACUUGUGCCGGAAACUCCUACGUCGGAGUCGACGCCACCGGUGCCCAAGAUGCGUCCACCGAAGCCAGCGGAUAAACACGACGAAGUCCAUACGAGCAAUGAGUUCAUGCUGGUGGUCUUCGAUAAGAACAGCAAGGUCAAGGAUAAGGACAAGCAAGAUUCCUUUGAGCUGGAACUGGAGGACGCCAUACAGCCGCCGCCGAUCUCCAUCUCUGCACCGGAUUUGGCCUUCUUGGAGUUUACCAAUUUACACACGACCUUCCCGUUGCGCCGCUCAGUCAGCUCCACCGAGCUACUCUACGAGCGCGCCAUGGCGCGUUUCUACGAAGCCGUGGAGUUGGAGCAAGCCUCCAAGUCGAAGGUGAAGCCUGCCAAAGCUCAGGAGCCAGCUGCCUUGCCCGUAGCCGGCGCGACUACGUUCCGCAAGCGUCUGGGCUCCAUGACGGAGGCGGAGCGCGCUUCCUUCGAGCGCCGCAGCGAGUUGAGGCGUCAGUCGGCGGACAUGGUGUCCAUGGGACGUAAAUGGGAUUCACGGGAGAACGUUAACAUCGUUGAUCUAAAGAAUUUGACGCGCACCACUACGGAACAUCUGCUCAAUCUGCAGGCGAGAGACAUUGACAGUCGUGAGCAGGACUUGGAGGAGUAUGACGAGGAUCGCACGGAGAGCACGGCCGAUGACAGCGAGGAGCUGGACAUGGAUGAGGAUCAGCAGCAGCAGCAGGGCUUCGAUCUGGGCACCGAUUACACCGAGAGCACCGCCACCUCCGACCAGGACUCCAUUGAGCAAUUCAAAAUGCAGCUAAUGGCCCGCACGCACUCGCCCAGUCCACGUGAUCUGGAAACGUAUCAUCCGCGCAACAUGGGUGCCGGCACGUUCACUCCAUACCGUGCGCCCACGCCGGAGCAGGCGGCCGUGGUGCUCAAUCGGCCAAUGCCUCUACCUAGUCCAGACUUUGUGCCAAAGCCCAUACUGAAACGUUCUUCCAAUGAGCACGUGGAGCUGACUGUUAGCCAGCCCAGUAGCCCAGAUGUCCAGCAGCAGGAGCUGGGAAAUGGCACUAUCAGCAGUUCCUCCACUCCUGCCGCAGCAGCCAGCAGCCUGAAGCAGGAUCUGGCCAAGGGUAUCAAGUCGUUCUUCAGUCGGGACAAACGCUCGGCCACUGAGAAGAACACCGAAGCCAAUGAGGAGAUCUCGAAUCCGCUGGAGAAGACCAACGCUGCCGUCAUUGCUGCGGAGCUGGAGACGAAACGCAAGGUGAAGGAGGAGGAGGAGCUGCGUCGCCAAGAGCAGGAACGACUGAUGCAAGAGGAGGCACACGCAGCCGUGGAUCACUACAGCGAUCUGGUGCGCCAGGUGAGCAGCACCCACAAGUACCAUAAGCCGCUCUACCUCGAUCGAGAUGAGCUGAAGCGAGCCGCUGCCCAGGCCGGGGAGGACGAUGACGACGACGAUGGCGCUGCAGCGGCGCAUCAGCAGCGCCGAGCAGCAUCAGCUGCUGAUCAGGAUCAGCUGCUGCUGGCUCCACCCACCGUCAGUCGAGAGCGUCGUCUGUCCAUUUCAGAGCGGGAGCAGCUCGUGCAUGUGCGUGAUGCAGCCAGCAGACACGCCAUGCACAAGGCACCCGAAACACCUGCGCCGGAGGAUCGUCAGGAUGAGGAGCCGGAAUUUCCCACUGUGCUGGUGGUGCCGCCACCCAAGUCCAAGAACAAAAAAGACGCCGAGGAGUGCAGCGAGAGCGUGAUGAGCGAAAUAGUCGAGGCACGCCCCGAUGCACGUGGACGCACGCGCCUAGUGAAGGUGAAGCGUGUGAUCAAGCGUCGAGUGCCCUCCAGCACGCGCUCCCGCGAUGCCUCGCUGAGCAGGCCACAGCAGCCGGUGGCAGCCGUUGGUAACUCUGCAUGCCUGGAGCACAGCUCCCAAGCGUCACUGCUGCUGUCCGCUGCGGAUCGUGAGCUGCUGGAGAAGGCAGCCAGCUUGGCGCUGCUGCAGUCCCGUUCCGAGGAGCAGGCGCAUGAGAAGGUGCGCUCCGCUUUGAGCUACUCCACGGAUCUGGUGCUCUUCCUGGUUGCCUGCUAUGUUUAUCUGUUCAAGGACGCACGCCUCGUCCUGCCCAUACUGGCGCUGAUGAUCUAUCGCCAGCUGGGCGAGGCAGUGCGCGGCUACAUGCCCAGCUGGCUGCGACGCAAAGGCAACGAUGGCGAUGCCUAAGUCAGCCGAAUCGCAGCUGCUCCACUCCCUCCCCCAGCUCGUCUUGCGUUUAUCAGUUAAGUUAGCUCUUAUCAAUCUAUCGACUUGUAUUUUAAGCUUAAGCCCCAACAACUUCGGAUCUGCUACGAAUUUCUUAUGAAUAACCCCGUAUACGUAUACGUUUACUCGUCAUAUAUAGUUAACCGAUCUUAGACUUGCUGCAGUUACAAUAGUCUCAACUAAUUUUGUCUGUUUUGUCCGAUCGAAGAGCUUUGUUCACAUUUGAGGCAAAAUUUCCUUGACCUACGCUUCAUGUUCUCCUAUAGGGCAUUUGGGGUAUUUAAAGGUCUAUUUUAAUUACACACAUUUAUUAUGCUAGGCUGAUACGUUAUCUAGCUCUCUUCCUCUUCUACUCCUGUCAUAGGUCUUAGAGAACUUGAGCUUAAUAAAAAUUGUUUGUAGCCUAAAAAAGUUCUGUGCGAACCUUUCUUAUACCUAGCCCACUCUGUUUAUAUAAAGACUUUAGCCUAUUCUCCUUUUAUAGAUUUUAGACACACUUUUUAGC